AUGCAUUCGUUAGAGUCUACCUCGAAUUUGGGUGUGUUUUUCUCAUUUUCCAAAGAUGGAAGUGGGACUAGUAAUUGGGACACUGGUACUCACCUUGAGCUUGUCUCCAAACCCGUCUCCGCCGUCGACCUCUACCUCUACCUCUACCGGCGCCGUCGACCUUUAUCUCAUUCGUCUUCUCUCUCUCACUCGCUCGCAGUCGUCCUAAGCGCCGUCGUCCUCUCUCUCACUCGUCAAAUCGAACUCCAAAUCGAAGCUUUCUCCAAAUCGAACCCCAAAUCGAACUCCAAAUCGAAGCUUUCUCCGGCCUCUACUCUCACGAACGGAACCUUGUCUUUCCCUCUCACAUCGAUUCAGGUUUGUGGAAUCUGGUUCCGUUUUUCCAUUUUGAGAAUCUUCGAUCACUUGACAAUUAUGUAUCCUGGUGGUUAUACUGCUGCAAUUACAAACUUAUCUCCAAGAGCUACAGAAUCUGAUGUACACAAUUUUUUUGGAUACUGUGGUGUAAUUGAGCGUGUCGACGUAAUAAGAUCCAGUGAUUAUGAGUCUAUUGCAUAUGUGACUUUUAAGGAUGCUUAUGCCCUGGACACUGCAUUAUUGCUGAAUGUAAGACUCUUAACUUCUUUGUUUGAUUUCAUGGAUCAACUUAAUACAUAAUGGAUUUAUAAAGUAAAAUAUUAUUAAUUAUACUUAUGCAGGAAAGGUUAUAUGUGAUAAUGGAAAAGAUCAUAAUAGAAUGAAAAACAGCCAAUGUAUAACAUCCCAUGUCGAAUAUCUAGAAUACGAUAU